CAAUUAUACAAUCAUGAUGUCGCGUAAAUACACUGAAUUAUCUUCGCAUCAGUUUAUGUACAUCUAUUUUUUUCUUCUUUUCUGUUCAUUUGUGCUCUUUCGCACGGGUCGAUGUGUAUACAACAUUUCGUUGGAUGUCGUGCGAGCUCUUUCAACCGAACGGGUAGCAGAAGCAAAAAAAAACGCAUACACAAUUGAAACAUUGUUAUAUUAUCGAGCGAAGGAUGUAAACGGUGAAAUUACUAUAUUUAUUCUCACCACAUCUUAUUUACUAUAUGUUUGACUGUUACCUAUUUUAUUGAGGAAAAUGGUUUUUGGUGUCCGGAUGGCAAACCAUUUUUCUGAUUGAUGAACACCAAUCGAUACAUAUAUCAUGCAUUGUUCUAACAAAUCAGGUCAAUUUCGAUGCAAAUGUGAUAUUAUUUCAAUUAUCAUUAAUCAUCUGGGAAUUAAAUACAAUUUAUCAUUUCAUUACGUACUGCAUAUAUUACAUCUUGUAAUUUCAACCCCAAUUACAUGCGAAACAAAUCCCAACCGUUGUCCACUUGCCAUUUUUUUUUCUUUCUUCAAGGAGCAUUUUUUUCAAGGCACUCCACUUGUUUUGGAUUUUUCUGAAUUCAGUAACGACCAUCACAUAACCUCAAUCCGUUUGACAUUUUCAUUGCGGCGGUGUCGGCUGACUGGUUGUUGUUGACAAUUAAAAUAGCAAAGAACGCGUUAGUAGGUUAAAAGAAACAAACAUUAUUUUGUUUCAUAAAUUUUUGAAAAUAAUUCGGAGAAAAACAAUGAGAUCGCAUACGAAAUAAAUGAACAAGACAAAUACAUUAGAGAAAAAGUGCAUCCAUAGAAUUUGUUUAGAAUAAAAGUGAAUUUAUUGCAGUUUAAAUUGGCACCAUGUUUUCGGUGUGUAGGCAAACACAUCCGGCAACCGGUAUCGAACACUCAAUAUCUUGUCGAUUUUUUAACAAUUACGAAGAGAAUAUCGUGACGGCCGGUGCAAAUAUACUGAAAGUAUUCCGAAUUACACCCGAUGUUGAGCCAAAUACGACGGAAAAAUUCAGCGAUCUUCGGCCGCCGAAUAUGCGCUUGGAAUGUGUUGCAACGUAUGAAUUAUUUGGAAAUGUGAUGGCCAUUCAGUCGGUAUCACUGUCAGGAUCACAACGAGAUGCUCUUUUGAUCGGGUUUAAAGACGCUAAACUAUCGGUCGUUCAACAUGAUCCAGACAAUUUUGAACUGAAAACAUUGUCACUGCAUUAUUUCGAAGAGGAAGACAUCAAAGGUGGAUGGCUCGGCAAUUAUUGUGUUCCCAUCAUCAAAGUUGAUCCCGACAAUCGAUGCGCGGUUAUGGUCAUCUAUGGCAAAAAAUUGGUGGUACUUCCAUUCCGUCGUGAUAGCUCACUGGACGAAAUCGAAAUUCAAGAUGUCAAACCCAUGAAAAAGACACCAUUACAACUCAUUGCACGUACACCGAUUCUCGCUUCAUACAUAAUCGCAUUGAAAGAUUUAGAUGAAAAAAUCGACAAUGUUAUUGAUAUCGAAUUUUUGCAUGGUUACUACGAACCAACACUUCUCAUUUUGUACGAACCGGUUCGAACGUUUCCCGGUCGAAUCGCUGUUCGAAGUGAUACCUGCACAAUGGUCGCAAUUUCACUCAAUAUUCAGCAACGCGUCCAUCCUAUCAUCUGGACCGUUACCAGUUUGCCAUUCGAUUGUCUCAGAGUUUUGUCGAUAAAAAAACCAAUCGGAGGAUGCUUAGUUGUUGCGAUAAACUCGUUGAUCUACCUGAAUCAGAGUGUACCGCCGUACGGUGUUAGCUUGAAUAGUAUCGCAGAUCACAGCACUAGUUUUCCGUUAAAGCCACAAGACGGAGUGAAAAUCAGUUUGGAUUGCGCUCAGAUAGCAUUUAUUGGUGCUGAUCGUUUGGUACUAUCGCUUCGUGGUGGCGAAUUGUACGUAUUGACACUAUGUGCUGAUUCGCUACGAUGCGUGCGAAGUUUUCAUUUUAAUAAGGCAGCGUCAAGUGUACUGACCUGUUGCAUGUGCGUGUGUUUGGAAGAGUACAUCUUUUUGGGAUCUCGUCUUGGAAACUCUUUGCUGGUUCGAUUCACUGAAAAAGACCAAAACACAGUUAUUACAAUCGAUGACUCGGACAUUUUGGGCAAGGAGAAAGAAAAAGAGACAAAUAAACGUGAGGAAGAGCUGGAAGUAUAUGGAAGUGGCUUGAAGACAUCUGUCCAACUGACUAGUUACACUUUUGAAGUGUGUGACUCUUUGGUGAACAUUGCGCCAAUUGGUAGCAUGACAAUUGGAGAAAGAGGAGUCAACGAAGAGGAGGAAGGUAAAGAAGAAACAAAAGAAUCUAGUGAAAAGCCAGAGUUGGAGAUUGUGACAUCCAGUGGCCGUGGAAAGAAUGGUGCACUUUGUGUGCUCCAGCAUUCAAUCAAACCGGUGAUGCUUACAUUUAUUCCGUUCCCUGGUUGUCAUGAUGUAUGGACAGUUUUCAAUGAAGCACCACAAAAGACAUCAAUGCAUUCAUUUAUGAUAUUGGCUCAAGAGGCGUCAACUACGGUGCUUCAAACUGGUGCUGAAAUCAAUGAAAUCAACAACACUGGAUUCUGUUGUAGUCAAACUACCAUUCACGUCGGCAACAUUGGCCGUUACAUUGUCCAAGUGCUCAGUCGGAGUAUACGUUUGCUACAAGGCAUUCGACUAUUGCAGAAUAUUCAAAUUGAUAGCGACAGUCCAAUUGUUCAGGUUUCAAUUUGUGACCCAUAUGUUUGUGCUCAAACACAAAGCGGAGCAGUCAUUACAUGGGCUCUGAGAGAUUCGAAAGGAAUGUCACGGUUGGCAAUGAAUAAAAAUGCCAUCAGCAGCUCACCGGCGGUCAUUGGAUUGUGUGCUUACAAAGAUGUGUCGGGAUUGUUUACGACUAAAGUGGAAGAUUAUUCUGAUCCGAAUUCAACUACUAAUCAAUCAUACAACGGUUCUGGAUUUGGUUACAUGAAGCCAGAGCCCAGCAACAUGAAAGUCGAAGAUGAAGAAGACUUGUUGUACGGCGAGAGUGGCAGUUCAUUCAAAAUGAAUAACUUGGCCGAUCUGGCGAUACCAUCAAAUACAAAAAAAUCCGACUGGUGGAGGCGUUUUAUCCAACCGAAGAAACCAUCAUUCUGGCUAUUCGUUAUCCGUGACAAUGGCAACAUGGAUAUUUACUUUAUGCCCGACAUGAAAUUGGCUUACAUUGUGAAUAACGUUGGCGAAGGCAAUCGAUAUCUCUCCGAUUCAAUGGAAUUUGUUCCGUUGAUGUUAAGUCAGAAUGGAAAUGCCAACAUGGAUGGAUCAUCGUAUCAAACGUGCAACAUGUCUACGAUGCCAACGGAGAUCUUUAUUGUUGGGCUUGGUUGCUACGGCCGUCGACCGUUACUAUUCAUACGAACAAAAGUCGAUUUACUUAUCUAUCAGGUUUAUCGCUAUGCUCGUGGGCAUUUGAAAAUUCGAUUCCGUAAAAUGCGCCAUGGAAUGAUGAUUCCAAUGUCUGACAAUCCGGCUAAAAUGGAAAUCGAUGAAGAGGGUCUCAUUGUUGGUGUCACCAAUCGCAUUCGAACUAUUCGAUAUUUCGAAAACAUUUCUGGCAACAACGGAGUGAUCAUAACUGGUGACAAGCCACAUUUAGUCAUGUUAACAUCAAACGGUGAAUUACGAACGCACCAAUUCCAUCAUCAAGUGGUUAUGAAAAGUUUUGCUUCGUUCAAUAACUUGAAUUGUCAGGGUGGAUUGAUCUAUUUUGAUCAUCAAAGCAAACUACAAAUCGCAAAAUUCCCACAUUACUUAACCUAUGAUUCACACUGGCCGCAGAGAAAGGUACCGCUGCGUUGUACACCAACUAUGAUUGUUUAUCACAAAGAAAGUAAAGUCUAUUGCGUGGCAACCUAUACCGAAGAGGAGUGUAGAAGCUACUUCCGUUUCAACGGUGAAGACAAGGAGUUAACUGAAGAAAAUAAGGGCGAACGAUUCAUUUACCCAACGAAACCACGUUUCGAGGUGAUUCUCGUGGCACCAUACGUAUGGGAAAUCGUACCGGACACAUCGAUACAACUGGAUGAUUGGGAACAUGUUGUAUCAUUCAAAAAUGUUCACUUGGCUUAUGAAGGCACACGCCAUGGAUUCCGCGAAUACAUUUGCAUCGGAACCAAUUACAAUUACAGCGAAGACAUUACGUCCAGAGGACGAAUUUUACUAUACGACAUAAUCGAAGUUGUUCCCGAGCCCGGCAAACCGUUGACAAAAUUCAAGUUCAAAGAAAUUUAUGUGAAAGAACAAAAGGGACCGGUGUCAGCAAUUUCACAUGUGCUCGGUUUCCUUGUCACGGCCGUCGGACAAAAGAUUUAUCUAUGGCAAUUGAAAGACAACGAUUUGAAUGGAGUCGCUUUCAUCGAUACAAACAUUUUUGUACAUCAAAUUAUUUCGAUAAAAUCAUUGAUUCUCGUUGCUGAUAUGUAUAAGUCCAUUAGCCUACUUAGAUUCCAGGAAGAAUAUCGAACUCUGUCUCUCGUAUCGAGAGACUAUAACCUGAUGAAUGUACUGAAUGUCGAGUAUAUCGUUGAUAGCACGAACUUGGGAUUCAUCGCAUCGGAUAUGGAGGAAAAUUUCAUUUUAUUCAUGUAUCAACCCGAAUCGAGAGAGUCAUACGGAGGCCAGAAGUUGUUACGCAAGGCUGACUAUCACUUGGGACAACGAGUAAGCUCCAUGUCCCGUAUUCAGUGCAACUAUACACGUAUUUUGAAUGCUAACUAUGAUAACAAGCACACCACAUAUUUCGCUACGCUUAACGGAGGUUUAGGAUAUCUACUUCCAUUGCCUGAGAAAACCUAUCGUCGAUUGUUCAUGUUGCAAAAUGUGUUAUUAUUGCACAUUGAGCACUUGUGUGGUCUCAAUCCAAAGCAAUAUCGCACAAUUAAGACAGCCCGUCGUUUGCCUACCAAUCCAACGCGAAGCAUACUCGACGGUGAUUUGAUUUGGAUGUUUUUGUAUUUGCCCAUCAACGAAAAACAAGAAGUGGCCAAGAAAAUCGGAACGAAAAUGGAAGAAGUUAUGGCUGAUUUGAUGGAAAUCAACGAUGUGACCUCGGUGUUCUAAGACGCCCAAAACCUUUUACUGUUCGUCACUUAAUCGAUAAGCUUAAUUUUAUAGAUGAAAAACAAAUUAUUUCAAAAAUGUUUGAAAAGACAAAA